AUGGACCUGGAUACACAGAUUAAAGAACUUGAGACUGAUUUGAAUGAAGUCCAGCGAUUGAUAGAGAGUGCUGGAAGGAAGCGGGUGCAGACUGUGCUUAAACAGGAGCAACAGAAGAUUGAAAAGGAGUUGGUGCAAAAACGCCAAUUGAAGGAAAAGCAGUCUAAACGUGACUCGGGAGAUUCCCCAGCUGUGAAGGGAUAUACUGUCAAAAUCACUAAUUACGGGUGGGACCAGUCUGAGAAAUUUGUGAAAAUUUACAUAACGCUAAAGGGAGUACAUACGAUUCCAGCAGAAAAUGUUGAAGUCACCUUCACAGAAAAGACGUUUGUUCUUCUUGCGAAAGACCUGGAUGGGAAAAACCAUCAAAUGACUAUCAACAACCUUUUAUGUCCCAUUGAUGUCCAGGGAAGCAGUCGGAAGGUGAAAACAGACAUGGUCAUUGUCAUGUGUAAGAAGGCUGCAGCGAAGAAAUGGGACUGUCUAACACAGGUGGAAAAGUUGGCAAAAGACAAAGAAAAACCCAACGUUGACGCGAACGCUGAUCCAAGUGACGGCCUUAUGGGCAUGCUGAAGAAGAUGUACACAGAGGGGGACGACGAAAUGAGACGCUCCAUCAACAAGGCCUGGUCAGAGUCCCAGGAGAAGAAGGCCAAAGGAGAUGAGAUGGACGUUUGAGUGUGCUUGGUAGCGUAUAUACCCAGCCCCAUCUAUUCCUGUCCUGGCCCAGACGCAGGACCAUGCAGUCAGGCCAGGCCAGGCCAUUCCACGGGGCGCAUCAUUCCAUUUAGGUUCCACCACUGCACUGUCUUUGUUGCCUGUUUGCUUUAUUCGCUUCGCUUUGUGAUUUUGUUGUCUUUUCAUGUUCCAAUGUGUACUUUGGUUACUGGAUUGUGUACUAUGAUUUCAUUCACCGAUGACGAUCAUAGAUUUGACAACGUGCCACAGCUUCAAAUUGAAGUUGAGGUUAUGAAUAAAAUGGCUCAAUCAUG